AGCCGGGGGCGACAGACAGUGCCGGGUCGCAGGACUGCGACCGGGACAGCGCAGAACGGAGGUGGAGGCGGAGGCAGAGGCAGGCGUAGAGAGGUAGAGAGACGCGCCGGCUCCAAGCAUGGGGCCCGGAGCGCUGCUGAUGUUGGCGGCGGCGGCGGCGGUGGCGGGCAUCACCAGCGCCAACAUCGCCCUCGCCGGCCCGUACGCUUUGAAGACCGUGGACUUUGGCGCCUGCGACGACGGGGAAUACCCGGGGAUGCUGGUGAACGUGUCGCUGAUCUUGGACGAGGCUGUCAACGAGACGGCCUACACGGGGGAGUUCACCGCCAGCUACGACUACCUGGCGGACGACUGCGAGAUGGAGAUCACCGUUUACAAGUGGGGCAGUACUGGUGGAUGGCUUAAAUUUUACGACUUGACCUUCACCAAGCCAUUCGACUACUUACUGACUAACUUCCCGGCCGUCUUUGAGUACAUCUGGUACCCCAUGGGCAUCAACAAGAAGCCCGUGCCUCCGGGCACCUACUACAUGCAUCGAUAUUGGACACGACCGAUCACCUUAAAAAAGUUCGUCGCCUUACCUUACGGGAAGUAUAAAUUGUACAUGAAGGGUCUGAAGGAUGGAAAAAGACAAGUUUGUGUGCAACUGGUCAUCGAUAUCUACGAAGUCGGAUUUUUCAAAGCUCUGGGAUUCAAGCCACCUUUAGGAGGUUCAGCAUGGGGCCGUGGCUGAUCAACACGUACUUCAGCAAUGGUUGUGCACGGAUAGUGGCCUAGCAUAGCAUCUUAUGUACAGCUGAAGUAAGGAAGUACAGUGUAUUUACUUUUUAAUAAAUAAAGGUUAAUAGUCUUCAUUGUUUUAAA